AUGGGCAAACCAAGGUUGAUUAUCAUUUGCCGUCAUGCGCAGUCCGAGGGCAAUCGGGAUAAGACCAUCCACCAGACUACUCCCGACCACAAAGUUGGUCUGACCCCCGAAGGGCAUCGACAAGCUCAGGAAGCCGGGCAGAAGCUUCGUGAACUUCUCCGCAAUGACGACACUUUGCACUUCUUUAUAUCGCCCUACCGAAGAACGCGGGAGACAACAGAGGGUAUCCUCAGCGGAUUGACCUCCAACGAUCCCGUGCCGUCAGCUUUCCAAAGAUCCCAUAUGAAAGUGUACGAGGAACCGAGGUUGCGGGAGCAGGAUUUCGGCAAUUUCCAACCUGGCACUGAUGAAGUCGAGAGGCUCUGGAGAGAGCGAGCCGACUAUGGCCAUUUUUUCUACCGCAUCCCCAACGGCGAGAGUGGAGCGGAUGUGUACGACCGUGUGUCGUCGUUCAAUGGCUCUCUUUGGCGACGGUUUUCUGAAGACGACAUGGCCAGUGUGGCAAUCCUUGUCACGCAUGGUCUCUGCAGCCGGAUUUUCUUGAUGGUUUGGUAUCACUAUAGCGUGGAGUUCUUCGAAGAUCUACGGAAUAUCAACCACUGCGAGUUUCUGGUCAUGAAACUGGCUCCCAAUGGGAGAUAUGUGCUUCAAAACCAACUACGGCGCUGGUCCGACCUCAGGAGGGAACGGGCGGCGGCGAGAAAAAGCAUAUCGUCACCUUCAACCAUCGAACACAUCCCUGUCAGGCGGUGGGCAUCUACCAGGACGGCCAAUGACCCGAGUGGUGCUAGCUAUUUGCCGCGGCCGGCAAGGAAGAGCACGGCGGAGAUGUUUCGCGAUGAACCGCAGGUACAAGACGAGUCGUCGGAAAAGCCAGCUGAGAGCCCAUCACCCAAACAGAGACGAACAAGCAGUUCAGCAAACAGAGAUGCAAGUCGAUCUCGAGCUCGAUCGUCAAGCAAUCUGCGGAACUCGUUCAGCAGCUUGUCCUUGGAUACAGGAAAGAAAACCGUGUUGACCGGCGUCAAGUCAUACCUUGGACGAGACGGUGGAGGCACCAGAUCCGGCCACGGUUCACCCUUUGGAUCAGAUGAUGAGGCAAGUCCUCAAAUGACACCGCAGGAAUCCAUACCGGAGGCGAUUGAUCCACAUGGACCGAAGUUCUCCUCUUCAUUGGCGCGGGCGUUGAGGGGAGAGCUCGAUGAUAGCAACCGAAUCAUGGCGGAUGCGCUGGGCGACCAGAGUGAUGCCAGUGUGGACGAGGCCGACUUGGAGGUUGGGACCAAGGCACGGGAGGAGGCGGAGAUGGAAAUGAUAUUGGCCGAGGAGAGGAGGGAACGCACUCAUGGAGGGAGUGUUUACUAG